AUGCCAUAUGGGGUAUGCCCAGUGGUGGGAUUCGAAUUUUUUGUCAGCUGGUUCCAUCACACAAAUGUCAUUUUUUUCAGCCAGUUCUGUUACAAAGAGUCAUGUUUCUUUCAGUAAUGCCAGCCGGUUCGCUGAUCUCAUAAAAUUCCGUGAGACCGUUCUAUAGAACCGGUGCGAAGCGGCUGAAUCCCAUUACUGGGUAUAGCCAUCUUAAAUGUACCUGUAUAAACUAUGUGCAGAUUUUGUGUGUUAAUCUCCGAAUCUUCUGUGCUUAUCAGUAAAGCAUUAACAGCCAUCUUAAUGGUGUAAUUCAGAGUUUUCCAUAUAUAUAUGGUAUCACAGGACAACAUGCAUGCAUAGUGAAGUUUUUAUUAUCCAAUCGAGGCCAAGUUUUGCUGCAUAGUUGUUCAUUACUAGCUAUUACACCAAACUUGACUGGUGCUUUAUGGUUGUGUGCUAUUUACCAAUUUCCAGUGAUUUUUAUUCAUCAUUAACAAUAUCAUAUGUUUCCUUCACUUAGUGCAAUAAUUACAAUUUACGGUUGGUCGAAAUGGCAGACCAGAAAGCAGUUUUUAUCAAUGCCACUGACUGUGAAAAAACAGAACAGUUAAAUGAUAUGCUGAAAGGAUUAUUGAAUUCCAGUGACAAUCUUGUUCCACAUUUUAAAAAUGAGGAUAUAGAGUCGCAUUUAUGGAAUGCUGAAACAAAAUAUUAUAAUGCGGACAUACACUUGACAAUUUUAAAGAAAAAGUCUAUCAUGAAUGAGAAAUUUUCACAUGAAACAGAAGCCGUAGUAUUGUAUUUUGAUAGCGGAAAAAAUAAAAACGGACUUGAUAGACUCGACACUUGGAUGUCAUUUCUGAACAUGUGGGAACCAGCAAUAAAACUUGCCGUUUGUGAAAACUGUGAUAGAGACGGCAUAAACACAAUAAGUCGAGUGACUAUUCAGGAAUGGUGUCUUGACCAUGAAUUUGAACUUGUUGAACUAAACCCAGACAUGGAAGAUUAUGAUGAAUAUGAAGAUGUUGGAAUUAAAAGGAUACGUAGUGCUCUUUUAGCACAUAUUUGGCCAAAUAUGGACAUGAAAAACCCUAAUAAUGCAGUCAAAAAAGUCGAGUCUUCAACAUGUGCAGCAGAAAUUGCAAGAGCCGCUUCUGGUGUGUCUGAAGACGCACAGACUAAGAUUGAUGAACUUUUAGGAAAGCAAGGUGAAUUCGAUGACAUUUUGGGAGGUGAAAAUGAAGAGGAUGAUUUUGAAAAACUUUUCUGUCGGUUGAAAGUAAUGAAAGAUCAAGCUAGUUCAUUGCCUGAAGAAGAAAGGAAGAAUUAUGCAGAAAAUAUGGUGAAGGCAUUCUGGAAUGCGUUGGGUGGGGAUGAUGAUGAAUUUGACGGGCUUUCAUCAGGCGAUGAAGCUUCUGCGUCUGCUGAAAAGGGCGAUGGAACUUGAGAAAUACAAAUUCAUGAUUCAGACCAUGACUUGCUUGCCUUACUAACGGCCGGUGGCCAAUUAUCUGAGCUGUAUGCAAUAACAAGGAAUUGGUACUCACGAAGUAUGUGUACCAGGUUAGGGUUAAGCCAUGAUUUCAGAUACAAAUACUACGAAAGUCACUCGGCUAGUCCCCAAACUCCUAAUAGGACUAAAAUAGGAAUGAAAUUAUGGACUAACCCUGGCCUGGUACACGCACAUACUACGUUCCGGUGUCCGCCAUCUUGAGUACCGGAAACUAUCUAUCCAUGUCAGGAUAGAUCCCGAUGUUAAUUAUACCAAAAUCAGAUGCUGCAUACAUAUGGCUAAUAAUAAUAACAGGAAUCCAAUGAUUUGUGUCUGCUCUAUUGCGAAACUUAUAACCAUGGUUGUCAAAUAAAUCAAUAUUGGCCCUUAUUGGUA